ACUGUUGUAUCCUCGUCCGUCCUUAUAUUCAAACAUCCUGUCCUCCCUCUCGCUCCAUCUCUCCCUCCGUCAUCUCUCCAUUCUGAGUCAUGCUGUCCGUAGUGGUAGAACACAUCUUCCUCCUGGUCCUCGUCACCCUCAUCAGUGUCCUGCAGAAUGCUUUCUUUGCAACGAAGGUAGAGAGGGAGGGUAAAGAGCACCACGCCAACACUUCUGCUUUUGAGAGAGUGUCCUGCGCCAAUCGUAACUGCAUGGAUUCAUACCCUACCUUCCUGGCUGUAUUGUGGUGUGCUGGACUGUGUCUCAACCAAGCUCCUGCUGCCUUCGCAGGGCUCGUCUACCUGGUGGCCAGACAGAAGUACUUUAUUGGGUAUAUGGGGCAGACAUCUCAGAGCACUCCAGGGUACGUGUUUGGGAAACGUGUCCUGUCCUUCCUGUUCCUGAUGUGCAUUGUGGGUAUCUUCAACCUCCUGCUGGUGCGUUACUUCGGCAAUGACUUUAAAGACACCGUGGAGACCAUCACCACCGCAGCCUCCGCUCUACUCCUCAUUCCCUGAACACGUGUGUCUGUGUGUGUCUGUGUGUGUGUGUGUCUGUGUGUGUGUGUGUGUGUGUGUGUGU